ACUUAACACUUCUCGUCUGGUUGAAUGAAAUCUGAGGUCAAGAUCAGCCGUUGCAGGGAAUCAUACAAAUGGAAACUGUAAUUUCCCCAUGAUAUAAUAGAAUGAAUAAUGGUCCUUGCUUUCAAAUGCAGUAAUAUCUGCAAUGCACAUGUCAAUUAUGCAAUCAAGUAUAGUGAGGAAGUUCAAGAGAGAGGCCAGUGAGAAAGAGCAAGAGCAUAAGAGAGAGAGAGAGAAGUGGGGGCACUGAGGCUAGUGGGAUCCAGGCAGGCUCAGGCUUCAUAUGCAGUUUUCGCUCACAGUGUGCACAGUGGAACUUUUCAGGAGUCAUAUUUACCAUCCAGUUCUCACCUUUCUCUUGUCGUCUUUCUUCUCCUUCUCACUGAGAUGUUGCAAUGUUCCGUGCCGUCUUGCAAAACGUGGAUUUGUGUCGGGUGAUUUUGUUAUAUUUUGUUUUUGCACCGGAAGCUGGCUGCAGAUCAGCCUAUGCAGACAGCUGUCAUGAGGUGAAGACAGCAUACAUGAUGCGCCAAAUAGGCCAGGUGGACAUGGUGCCAGACAGACCCCUAACAGAUGACUCUCUCCGGGUGUGUGUCCACUCCGGUCCUGGGUGCUGUACCAGUAAGAUGGAGGAUGGUUACAUGGCGGCUGUACGCAGCGAGACGCAGCAGAAGAUGCGAUCCUACAGCUUUGAGCUCAAAUACCUGAUCGAUGGACACAGCAAAUCCUACCAAGAUACCUUUGAUUCGCUAGUGUCCUUUACAUCUAAUUUGACCAACACCCUGUUCGACAGCGCCUACGCCAGCCUUGCAUCAGACUGUCGUCCCCUUGUACAUCAGCUUUUCAAUGACGUCAAACGCCAUCUUUCAGGAGACCCUAACUCCUCAUUGGAACACGCCGUGCGGCGUUUCUAUAACGAUCUCUUCCCAUUGGUUUAUCGCCGACUUCUUAACCCUGGUAUUGGCCAUAUGUUAGCCCAAACUUUUUCCUCUCCCUCCUCACCCACUAAUGAAGACUGCCUGCGGAUGACGCAACAGGAUAUCAGCCCAUUCGGGCCCCAUCCUCGACUUCUGGUCUCCAGCCUUUCCCGUGCACUUGGAAUUGGCCGAGCACUGAGCCGACUGCUAAGAUUGGCGGGGGACGUUGUGGAUGCAACAGAAAAGGCAACAUUUUCUAGAGAGUGUGGGCGGGGCUUAGUGAGGAUGCAGUACUGUUCCCAUUGCAGAGGUCUGACGCUGAUAAGGCCCUGUACUGGACUGUGUGUUAAUGUUAUGAGAGGAUGCCUGGUGGGGAUAUCAGAGCUUGCUGCCCCCUGGAGGAGUUUGGUUGUAUUGCUCCAACAGUUAGCAGCUACUUUAGCAACCAGCAGCAACCACAAUAGCAUGGAGCUAGCACUACUGGCGGUCAGGAACCAUGUGAAUGACGCCAUCCUGCACGCACAGCUGCAUGGGCCGCGGAUCACAGCAAUAGUAGAGAAGGUGUGUGGACCCCAGGCAGGUGGUCUUGUGCUGAUAAGCGGACAUCCUAACAUCUCACACGCUCCAACCCCUGCUGCCUCUGUAACACAAAUAACCUCAAAGAGGACGGCCAUGACUUUUCCCUCAAUGGGAUCUGGUGCUCAUCCCCAUCUGCAGCUUCAAACACAAAGGUUUUUCCCUCUCAAAGGAUCCAGAAGUGACAAGAGCCGUAGUUUGAAAAAACUCUCAAGGGAAUUUGAAGGUUCUAUUCAGCGGUACCAGUGGUUUUUCUCAGAGCUACCCGAGAUGCUUUGUGAAAGUGAAAUAGAGGUUGAGCAGCACACAUGUUGGAGUGGUCAAGAUGUCGUGGAGAGUUAUGCAGGUCGUGUGGUUGGAAGCACUUUAAGAGGCCAAAGGGAGAACCCAGAGAUGACUGUCCGUCAUGUUGAUCCUGUUCUGAAGGGGGCGAAACAUAGUCUGGAGCAGCUAACACAGGAACUUCGAUUGGAACUUGGCUGGGGAAGCAAAGCCAGGAGAAAGGGCAAUGACGAGGAAGGCGGGAGUGCAGAAACUGACACGGGGAGCGGAGAUGAUUGUGAUGAUGAAGACGGCUGUGAUGGAUCUGGUGCUGACACAGAUGAUUUGUCCAGCGGUCAUCGUCCAGUGACAGAUGUCAAGGCUCCUCCUCAGCACCGCAUUCCUCCUCAUCUCAGUUCUCCACCACUGGUGCCUAUCAAAGGUACAGCCAACACGCUGACUGUUGAACGACUACAUUUGACCCUGCUGACCGUCAUGCUGUUGCUGUCAUCAUGAAACGGGGAACCCUGCUGAGUCUUGGGUGUCAGAUCCACAAACUGUCAAACAGCCACAUUCUUUAUGUGGAUGUGGUUGUUGUUUGGUAUUUAAAAUGUUUCAAAGCACAGUUCGGCCACUCUGUUACUUUGUGGAUGGUGAAAAUGAACUGCUGGUCCAUGCAUGUGAGCUGUGAGUAUUUUUAUAUUUGACCUGUACUGACCUCUGUGUGCUCACUUGUAUUUAACUUUCAUAGCAUAGAAUGCACUACUUUUUUUCAAGAGGUGUAAAUACAAAUCUAUAUAUUAUAUAUUUAUAUAAAGACGUUAUGUAGAUUGUUGUGUAAAAUAACAUACCGUAGAUGUCAAAGGAUGAUAGACAGCAAUUAAAGCAAUGCUGAAUCUGAAUGUAUAGCUCACAGAUCAUCCCACUCUCUUGGCUCUUUGUUGAGUUCCCUGCCACUCCCCAAACUGUGCACUGCAACAAGGUAGACAAGAGGAAUACUGAUGAAUAUAUUCAAAAGUGUGCAAAUUAACCAGCUGAAGGACGCUUUGCAUAUCUGUCAGUGGAUGACUGACUUUCUUCUUAAAUGUGUCACACUGUUAUGCAUGUAUUAACUUCCAGGGAUAACCCAACAUGGUUCUAAGAGCAAGACUACAUGUUUUGGCCUGGCAUGUAUUCAUUUGACAUGUAGAAUAAGACUCAAAAAAUUGUGAAUAUUAACAUUAGUAAUAAACUUGUGCAUCUGAAUGCAUAUCCUUUCAUUGGAUGCAGUCAAAUUAUAAAAGAAACAAUCAAGUGUCUGUUCUGUGUUGUCUCUGAUGUUAAUUUGAGACUUACAGAUUGUUAGCAUCAUGAUUUCAUUUCCAGAUAUUUAUCAUUUGUUGCAUAACUUCUGCUCUCACAUUCUUGUCAGUUGGAAUACGUUUUUGAGAAAAAGGUAUAAAAAGCAAAAAAUGCAGUUUUCAAAUGUUCAAUGAAUUGAGGUAUGCUGAGAUUGGGUGGUAUGGUGAUGUGUUCUUGUAUUGUUCAACUUUUGGAAGUUUUUUUUCCUGGAAAAACACUGUACAAUCUUAAUCAGAGGGUGGCAUUUCAAAAUACUCAUGAACCUAUGCUAAAUUUUUGUGUAAUUUUUAAAAUGUAAACUGGAAAACAUACUAACCGGGACAUUUGUUUGGGGUUCUAUUGCAUUUGACUUCACCCUGAAUUAAAAUAGUUUUAUAAUUCACAUUAAUAGAGCCCGCCGUGGUGAAGUGUUUAGCGUUCUGGACUUUGGAGCGCAUGCCUCAGGUUAGAAUCUGCACUAGUAAGCAUCAUUGGUAUUCGUUAGGAAGGUCAAAAAGAUCUGCUUUGUGACUCCGUAAUCAGGAAAAAGCUGAAAGAAACAAACAUUUCACAGUAAUCCAAAUACAUAGGAAAUAAAUUGUUAAAUUAAUACUUUUUUUGGCAUUUUUUUUAAACAGUCUUGGGCUAGACUUGAUACCCACAGCCUCCUGUUUAAAAAGGUAGCAGCUGUACCAUUACACCACCAGAGACAAACAAGUAAAAUUUGCCAUUUUACUCUCUAAUUCUGUGUGCUGUCAAUCAUUGUGGCAACAAGCACAGUGUCAGAUUACACAUCCUUUGCGCAUUUUGCCCAGAUGGUGGGGGCCUGUGCACAGUGCAUUUUCUCAUCGUAUAGGGAGGGGUGGCACUGAUGAGGGGUUCCACAUUUGCAAGAAGGUCAUUUAAUAAAUUUACAUCAAUCAUAUUUAUAGACUUCAAUCAUCCUAUAUUAGUAUCCCGGUAUGACUGAAAGCGUGCACACCCUUUUUUGACACCUCUUCCUCACAUUAACAAUAAUUGAGUACAGUGUAACCAGCUGCAUUAAACUGAGCUUUUUCAAGUUGAAGCCAGUUUGUGUUGGCCUGGACGCCAGCCAGUAAUUCACUCCCAUGCUAUUAUGUCAAUGUUUAUUGGCAGUGGCUCAGUGAUUUUAUCUUGAGUGGCAGAUAGUUUUGACGAGGAGUGGCAGGUAAGCUAUUAAAAGAGACACGCUUUCAUCAUUUCUGUGAUUUAUUGUUUAUAGGUGUGUGUGCAGUAUAUUGCAGCCAAUGAUGAUCUGCAAGCAGGCUCUGCAGGGAAUAGCAUAUUGAUGUUUACCCUUUCUUUUACCUACUGUAUGUCAGAUGCUCCUGAAAAAGGAGUAAUGAAUGAGUUUGUCUGCUGUGAAGGAAAUAUUUGUCAAUUUGACGACAGAGAAGAACCUAACAAGCUUACAGGUCAACAUAAUGCAAAUUCUAGCAGGUUUCCCGGCUUUGUUUCUGAUUAUUCCUUUUCAUCUUCAUGCUCGGGUGCUUUACAAGCAAAAUUCAUCUGGAUUCGUCAGAACUCGUCUGAUGAUGACAGUUGAGACUCCUCCUCAUCGGCUAAGUUCACAAUGCAGGUUAAUUCCGAUAUUUCCUUGUUCACAUGUGACCUCUUUCUGAUUUUUUCAUGUCAGUGUGGACAGCACAAUUCAGAUUUCUUUCAAAUGUAGAUACAUGUCAGAUAUGUACACAAUGCU